GGUGCCCAGGCUCUGAGGGCGGCACCGGGCCGCGGUGAGGGGCGGCGGGACCCGGCGGGACCCGCAGGCACCGAACCUCGGGGGCACCGGGGGGUUCCGGGGCGGCUCCGAGCUCCUCCAGGCCCGGGGAGCGGGCAGACCCCCAGCUGCGGCCCUCCGAAGCCGCCGGGCCGCUUCCCCGCGCUCGCCGGCCCGUUCUGGGCUCAGCGCUCCGUCCCCCUCGCCUUGAGCUGUGCGUCGGCAGGGUGACCAUGAAGGUGGUGAACCUGAAGCAGGCCAUCCUGCAGGCCUGGAAGGAGCGCUGGAGCGACUAUCAAUGGGCCAUAAACAUGAAGCGGUUCUUCCCCCGCGGAGCCACCUGGGACAUCCUCAACUUGGCAGGAGCCACACAAGCAGGAUGCUGGCCCUGACUCUGAGCAUUGUUUGCACACAGGAGGCUCUCCUGGAGCAGGCCAUGAUCGGGCCAUCCCCAAACCCACUCAUCUUGUCCUACCUGAAAUACGCCAUCAGCUCCCAGAUGGUGUCUUAUUCCACGGUGCUGAUGGCCAUCAGCAAGUUCGAUGACUUCUCCCGGGACUUGUGUGUCCAGUCGCUCUUGGAGAUCAUGGACAUGUUCUGUGACCGCCUCAGCUGCCAUGGCAAGGCCGAGGAGUGCAUCAGCCUGUGCCGGGCACUGCUCAGUGCCCUCACCUGGCUCCUGCGCUGCGCCACCUUCUACGCCGAGAAGGUGAAGGAGCCGCUGGAGCAGGCGGCGGCGGAGAACCAGCUGAAGAUGUGCCUGGAGAGGCUGGAGAAAAUGCUCAGCAGCACCAAGAACCGUGCCCUGAUCCACAUUGCCAAGCUGGAGGAGACGUCCUCCUGGACCACCGUGGAGCAGUCCCUGCUCAAGCUGGGAGAGAACCUGAACAACCUUGGCAGCUCCCCGCUGCGGAGCCAGGCUGAUGACUGCGUGUCCCUCAUCAAGAGCAUCCCCACCAUGCUCUCAGUCCACUCAGAGCAGUUGAACAAGACAGGCUUCCCCACUGUGCACGCUGUGGUGCUGCUGGAGGGCACCAUGAACCUCACAGGAGAGACCCAGCCACUGGUGGAGCAGCUGAUGAUGGUGAAGAGGAUGCAGCGCAUCCCCUCCCCUCUCUUCGUGCUGGAGAUCUGGAAGGCCUGUUUUGUGGGCCUCAUCGAGUGUCCUGAGGGCACAGAGGAGCUCAAGUGGACAGCCUUCACCUUCCUGAAGAUGCCCCAAGUGCUGGUUAAACUCAAGAAGUAUCCCCAAGGGGACAAGGAUUUCACUGAGGAUGUGAACUGUGCCUUUGAGUUUCUGCUGAAGCUGACCCCUCUGCUCGACAAAGCCGACCAGCGCUGCAACUGCAACUGCAUGAGCCUGCUCCUGCAGGAGUGCAGCAAGCAGGGGCUGCUCUCCGAGGCCAACAUGAACAACCUCAUCGACAAACGGGCUGCAGACAAGGAAAACUCUCCAUCCCUGAAAUCGGCCGAGAAUGCCAACAUCCAGCCAAACCCUGGGCUCAUCCUGAGGGCUGAGCCCACUGUCACCAACAUCCUGAAGACCAUGGAUGCAGAUCACUCCAAGUCUCCUGAGGGCCUGCUGGGGGUCCUGGGUCACAUGCUGUCUGGGAAGAGCCUGGACUUGCUGCUGGCAGCAGCAGCAGCCACUGGGAAGCUGAAAUCCUUUGCUCGGAAGUUUGUCAAGCUGAAUGAAUUCACCAAGCAAAUCACCGGGGAAAUCUCCAAGAGUGGCCCAGUCCGGGCUCUGCUCUUUGACAUCUCCUUCCUCAUGCUGUGCCAUGUGGCCCAGACCUAUGGCUCAGAGGUGAUUCUGUCGGAUUCCAACCCUCCAGGCGAGGUGCCCUUCUUCGAGACCUGGAUGCUGACCUGCAUGCCCGAGGAGGGGAAGAUCCUCAACCCCGACCACCCCUGCUUCCGCCCGGAUUCCACCAAGGUGGAGUCCCUGGUUGCCCUCCUCAACAACUCUUCUGAGAUGAAGCUGGUGCAGAUGAAGUGGCACGAGGUGUGUCUGAGCAUUUCAGCUGCCAUACUGGAGAUCCUCAAUGCCUGGGAGAAUGGAGUCCUCACCUUUGAGUCGAUCCAGAAAAUCACAGAAAACAUCAAGGGGAAGGUGUGCAGCAUGGCAGUGUGUGCAGUGGCCUGGCUGGUGGCCCACGUCCGCAUGCUGGGCCUGGAUGAGCGGGAGAAGUCUCUGCAGAUGAUCCGGCAGCUCGCCACCCCCCUGUACGGGGAGAACACGCUGCAGUUCUACAAUGAGCGCGUGGUGAUCAUGAGCUCCAUCCUGGAGCACAUGUGUGCAGACGUCCUGCAGCAAACGGCCACGCAGAUCAAAUUCCCCUCCACUGGCAUGGACACCAUUCCCUACUGGAAUCUUCUGCCCCCCAAGAAGCCCAUCAAGGAGGUGCUGACCAGUGUGUUCACCAAGGUGCUGGAGAAGGGCUGGGUUGACAGCCGCUCCAUCCACAUCUUUGACACCCUGCUGCACAUGGGGGGCGUGUACUGGUUCUGCAACAACCUGGUCAAGGAGCUGCUGAAGGAGACACGGAAGGAGCACACACUGAGGGCUGUGGAGCUGCUCUAUGCCAUCUUCUGCCUGGACAUGCACCAGCUGACACUGACACUGCUGGGCCACAUCCUGCCCAACCUGCUGACAGACUCCUCCAAGUGGCACACCCUCAUGGACCCCCCUGGGAAGGCUCUGGCCAAGCUCUCAGUUUGGUGUGCCCUGAGCUCCUACUCCUCCCACAGCAAGGUCCAGGCCUCGGCCCGGCAGAAGAAGAGGCACCGGGAGGACAUCGAGGUGUGUCUGGAUGGAGCAGGGGCUGGCUGGGGGUUCUCUCUGUGCCCAAAGGAGCAAUGGCUGGGCAAGGAUUACAUCAGCCUGUUCCCACUGGAUGACACACAGCCCUCCAAGCUCAUGAGGCUGCUGAGCUCCAACGAGGAGGAUUCCAACAUCCUCUCCAGCCCCAAUCGUUCCAUGAGCAGCUCACUCUCUGCCUCCCAGCUCCACACUGUCAGCAUGAGGGACCCUCUGAACCGGGUGCUGGCAAACCUCUUUCUGCUCAUCUCUUCCAUCCUGGGGGCCAAGACAGCUGGCACCCACACCCAGUUUGUCCAGUGGUUCAUGGAGGAGUGUGUGGAGUGCCUGGAGCAGGGCAGCCGUGGGAGCAUCCUCCAGUUCAUGCCCUUCACCAUGGUUUCAGAGCUGGUGAAGGUGUCCACCAUGUCCAGUCCCAAAAUUGUCCUGGCCAUCACAGACCUCAGCCUGCCCCUGGGUCGCCGUGUCGCCGCCAAGGCCAUCGCUGCCCUGUGAGCAGGGCUGCUCCAGCCAGGGGGAUCCCUGCUCAGGGGGAAUCCCUGAGGAGCCCAGGGAUCUCCCUGGUGCUCUGCAUGCCUGGGAUGGCCCCUGUCCCUGCAGCUGCUGGGGGGCUGCUCCCUCAGCACACAGAGCCAUCUCCUUGCUCUGCCUCAUGGCACUUUUGAGACUGAGACACCCCCGAAUUUUUUUUAUUCUAUAAACCAAUCCUUUUGUACAAUCA